AUGUCUAUGUCGACCGAUCUUUCUCUUGGAGAAAUUCUCCACCUUUCGCUCGGCGAAGGCGUUAAGUGCUUUGGGCUUACCAAAAUCCUUGGAGGAACCAGGCCAUGCAAUCACCCGCUUGGCAAGCAAACGCUGGCUGAAGCACGCUAUAUCCUUGUUCAAACUACGGGUCAACUUGAGCGGGGUGGGCAAACGAUCGACCAGCAUCUUAUCAAUCUGUCCAAUCUACUUGUUCAAUCGCGACAUGGUGUAAAUAGUCGCAAUCGUCGGGAAAGCUUGAAAUCUGAAUGGCUGGGAUUUGUACAGGACUUCCGACGAGCCCAAAUUCAUUCAGAAACUCUGAUUGAAAUCUUACAUCAGCGCGAGGAUGAUGAACUGGACAACGCGUCGGAGGAUGAAGAUCUGCAAGAAGUUCCAGCCCCUGUUUUAGCUAUUGAGAGCGACACCGCAACCUCCAUUGUAGCUACCCGGUCAACACACACCGACCUCGACACUACGCCCGAUUCUACCCCCAUCCCCGAUCUACCUACGCAAGCUGAAGAAAGCCAAGUGCAGAUCAGCGAAGAACGCACAUCCAAUGUUUUGCGUCCCGUCCCUGAGUCUCUUGGCGACCGUACCUCUCUCACCCCGGCCUGCCUUUCCGGUGCCCACACAUCCUUCCGAUCUGCCGAUGACGUAUCUCCUGAAUCUGUCUGGCUUCUUCUACUUCAGUUCUGCUUCGGGGUCCGGGCACUGAUGCUCGUGAAACUACAUGCUUUUUGCUCUAUCGAUGGCUACGUCCGCUUUGGGAGGGGAUCUUUUGCGGAUUUGCAAUUCCUAGCCAGGAACAUCUUCUUUUCGAAUGAACCGACCCGAGCGCAUGUUUUUAUGAUUUCAUGCUGUUAUAUUCUGUUUGGUUUGCUCCAGAUUUUGUUGAGAAGCGAUGUGUUGGUGGUGCUAGUAUUGUGA